GAGAACGAAAAGAGCCACAGACUGAGUGAGAGCCGCCAGUUUUUCGCACAAACGAAACAAAUCCUCUGUUCGAAAUCGUGUUUCAAAUUUUUGUGAGUGCUCGUAUCUUGUGGCUGCAGUUGCUCAGGGAGCACCCGUCGCUAACCACCAACUUUUGUGUCUUGUUUUUGCCUAGUGUUUGUGCGUUUUUCUAUCUCUCUGAAGACAUAUCGAAUCAUCUAUUACUUCGUGUGUGUGUGUGUUCCUCUCAAAACGAUAGAUGCACACACACACACACACACACACACACAUAGAAGACAUUAUAAGCAGAGGAAAACGUAACGGUGAGCGAGGCCCUGUCGCGAGAGGAAUGCCAAUCGCGAUCGAUUUCAUGGCCGUUCAUCCACCGUCGUUGUCGGCCGUCAUGCCAGGUCGUUAAGUCACAGAACAAAGUUCUUUCGAGAAUCACCAGACGACUAAGAAUUAGCCCGACGAAUACCCACGGGCCACACAAGCAAAAGAUAUUGAGCAUUGGCUUCGUUGGCUUCGUCUCGUACGUCGGCCAGGUCACAAACUUGACGUCCGGCAUUGGAACGAUAUGACCGAACAGCAAUUGCCUCAAUCAAACGAUAUGAAUUCGGCAUCACCGCUCAGCAGUUCGUUCGUGACGUCGCACCGACGGCCUGAUUUGGUCGUCGGUCCGGUCGUCGUCUCUUCUUCCGGCUCGUCCGUUUCUUCGGUAGCCACUUCUGCUAGCCAGUCUGCCAACAACAACAACAACUUGCCCAAUUUCAGGGAACAGGCGGCCCUCCAACAGCAAAUUUUGCAGCUCAAGCAGCAGCAGCACCUGCAGCAACAAAUCCUCCUACAGCAGUACCAAGUUCAGCAACAACAGCUGGCCCAGCAACAUGAGAAACAAUUACAGGAAUUUCUGGAACAGAAGAAAAAGGCUGAAGAAGAGGCUCGACUGGAACGCGAACGUCACGAAAAGGAGCGCUUAUUGGCGCUCAAGAAUAAGGAGAAACGAGAACAGAGCGCCGUCGCUUCUUCCGAAGUCAAACAAAAACUGCAGGAAUUCGUGUUGAACAAAAAACAACGCGAAGCAGCCGCCGCCGCCGCUGCCGGUAACGGAACUACCAACGCGCCGAGCUCCUCUUCAGCACCGUACCGAGCGUGGACCGGAGCUGUGCCUACUUUACCCGCUGGCCACGGAUGCACCACCAACAAAGGAUCUGCGUCGCAAUUAUCCAGCGGAUUGGGCUCAACAGGUAGCGGCAUCGGCAGCAGCAACGGCGUCGGCGGCACCAGCUCGUCGUGUUCGUCGACUUCAUCCAGCGGCAUUGUCCAUCCUCAUCCCUAUCGACACCCACUGCUUCCGGGCAAUUUCGACGACGACUUCCCACUCCGCAAAACCGCGUCGGAACCGAACCUGCUCAAAAUGCGGUACAAACAUCGCGGCGCCGUCGAGCGACGCAACUGCAGUCCGUUGGUGGCUCGGCGGAGGGGCGGCGCUGGUGGUCCGCAACACCAUCUGUCCGGAGGCAGCGGGCCGGCACUGCCCGGCCAUCAUCAUUUGCCGCCACCUCCGCCGCUGCACCACCGUCAACCUCCGCCGCCUGCCCACUCUUCUUCUCUCGCCAUGGCCGCCAAACGGAUGGCGCACCUGACAAGUCAAGAAACGGGCGGAAGCACUCCGGAAUCGCCUUCCGGUGCUGCAUCUCCGCUUGGCUCUCAACAUCCUUCAUCAGGGGUCGUGCCUGUACCUGAGGAGAUCAGUCCGUCUCAGUACCACCUGAUGGCCAGUCACGGCCAGGGAAGCAUUUCGGAUCUGACGCUCUAUUCUAGCCCGUCUUUACCAAACAUAUCUCUUGGACGUCCCGCAGGAGCCAACCAUCACGCCGCCGAACCUCCCGGAUUGGCCAUGGUCAGCGAGGUGGUGGACAUGCGCGCUGCCUUCUCCGUCCGCAUGGGCCUGCCCGCAACAGGAGGCAGCCAUCACGCGCUUUAUCAGCCACCGCAACCUCAACACCACCACGCUCAUCCGCACCAUCAACAUCACCACCUCCUCAUGUCGUCCGCUUCGCCUUUCUUCCCGCCGGCGCCGCCCGAUCCCGGCGCAGGCGAUUACGGAUCCGGCGGCGGAAGCCCCGAAUCGCCCGGCUACAUUCAAAAGCAGAUGCAGUUGCUGGAACAGGCCGGCCAUCACACUCACGUCCUGAUGAGCGGACUCUACAACGGCGGCGCGCCCAUCACCGACGCUCAAGUGGCGCAGGCGAGAUUGAACAAAUCGGGAAUGCGUCCAUUAGGACGGACGCAGUCGGCUCCUUUACCGCUUGGCCAUCCGCUGCUUCAAGGAGCGCCGCACGGAGUGGUGCCCACCGUGCCACUGACGCAGCAGCAGUUCGAUCAGUACGUUCGCGAGCGUCAAAUCUACGAACAACAGCAUCAACACAAUUUGCUCAAACAGCAUAUCCGCCAGACGGUGCUAACUCGGGCGGGUAGCCGAAGCCACGUCGAGAACGUCGAGGAGGAAACGGAAGCGGCUGUGGCUCACGAAAUGUCACGCGAUCGUGGCACUCCCUUACCUGAAAUCAUCGACUUGACUGAGCAUAAAUUAGAAGAGGAAACGGACAGUGAUCGUCACUCCUGCCGCGAUGGCCUGUCACCCCUUCAGCUGCGUACGUCCAGCUCAAGAAGUUCGCUACACGCCAGUUCAGGUUCGGCUUUUGCUCCGCGAGGCCAUCACGCCGCCCGGCCUUUAUCGCGAGCUUUUUCCAGUCCUUUGGUAUCGCUCGAUCCGCCUGGAGGUGGUCCGUCUGCGGGUGAAGGUGGCACGGCCGUCGUGCCGAUGACGUUGGCCGCGGCCGGCUGGGGUCCGUCGGCCGGAGGGGCCAAAACGGGCAGCACGAGCACGGCGCUAGCCUACGACGGCCUCAUGCUGCGGCACCAGUGCAUGUGCGGCAGCAACAGCGCCCAUCCGGAGCACGGCGGCCGUUUGCAGAGCAUUUGGGCCCGCCUUCAGGAAACGGGAGCGGUGCACCGCUGCCUGCGACUUCGAUCUCGAAAGGCCACGGCCGAGGAGCUGCAAUCGGUCCAUUCUGACGUUUACACGAUGCUGUUCGGCACGGAACCGGCCCACCGGCCCAAAGUCGACGUCAACCGCUUCGCCGAAUUGCCCAUGAAGAAUUUCGUCAUGUUGCCGUGCGGUGGCAUUGGCGUCGAUUCCGACACGACGUGGAACGACAUCCACACGCCUUCCGCCGCCCGUAUGGCCGCCGGCUGCGUCAUCGAUCUGGCCUUCAAGGCUGCCAUGGGCGAGAUUAGGAAUGGUUUCGCCAUCGUCCGUCCUCCUGGCCAUCACGCAGAAGCGCAGCAAGCCAUGGGAUUUUGUUUUUUUAAUUCGGUCGCCAUAGCAGCCAAACAGCUCAGACUCAGGCACAAACUCGAGCGCAUCCUCAUCGUUGAUUGGGACGUCCAUCACGGUAAUGGAACGCAGCAAAUCUUCUACGACGACCCUCGCAUCUUGUACAUUUCCAUUCAUCGUCACGACGACGGCCAUUUUUUCCCUGGCACCGGUAACCCCCUGGAGUGUGGCACCGAUGACGGACUAGGUUUCAACGUCAACAUUGCCUGGUCGGGCGGACUCAAUCCGCCGUUAGGUGACGCUGAAUAUUUGGCCGCUUUCCGUGCCCUCGUCAUGCCAAUUGCUCAAGAUUUUGACCCAGAAAUUGUUUUGGUGUCGGCCGGAUUCGAUGCUGCAACGGGCCAUCCGUCUCCGUUGGGUGGCUACCAAGUGUCGGCCGCUUGUUUUGGCUACAUGACGCGCCAGCUGAUGGAGUUGGCCAAUGGCAAACUGGUCAUGGCUCUCGAAGGUGGCUACGAUUUGCCGGCCAUCUGUGACGCGUCGCACGAGUGCGUCCGUGCCCUGCUGGGUGAUGAACCAGUGCCCAUUCGUCAAGAAGAGCUGGCCAGACGGCCGUGCCAAAAUGCCAUCGAUUCACUUCACAAAGUGAUCUCGAUCCAGCAACCUCACUGGCCGACCAUCAAACGCUACGCCUAUUCGGUCGCAUUGUCGGCUUACGAGGUGGAAGGAGUCGGACGGAGCCGCAGUUACAGCAGCGGCAAUGGCGGCGGAUCGCUCGAAGGCGGAGAAGACAGCGAAACCCUAUCAGCAAUGGCCGGCCUAUCGGUCUGCCGGACAGAUAGCAGCAAAAGCAUUGCGUCAUCGUCCAGGGAGCUGUCGCAAGAGCCGAUGGAUCAGGAUGAUUCCAAAUGAAAACAUAAAUGAAAUGGAAUGAUGAAUGAUGAAUGAUGAAAAUAGAAACUAUUCUUUUGAGUGCCCGAAUAGAGAAGAAAUCCGAAUAGCGAAGAGACAAAUUGAACGUGUCGCGUUAUUGGUCAGCGCGCGUGAAUCGUACAGAACACACAGAGUUGGCGAUCUCGUUUGUGGGCCACGGAAUAUUAUGUUUUGUUUUUCUUUUCUUUUCUUGUUUUCUUUUUUUUUGGUUUUUUUUUUUUGCAUUAUUAUUAUUUGUUUUAUUUUUUUGUUUGUUUUUUCGCGCGUGUGUGUGUGUUUGUGUGUGUGUGUGUGUGUGUGUGUGUGUGUGUGUUUUGUAAUUUGACAGGAUUUGAGAGGCGUUUGAGAAGAGAGACGGAAAAUCAUUCCACGCGUAGAAACGAUUGGGAUAUAUAUAUAUAUUUGCAUAUAUUUGCAUACAUAAUCCAAUAUAUAUAUAUAUAUAUAUGCAAUUGAAAUAGGGGAAGGGGGGAGGGGAAAUAGUGAAGAAACGUUCGAUGAUUAUUGGAUCGAAGAUCAUUUCAAUUUUUCUUUGUUGAUAUUUUAUGUUUCAGUUUUUUUUGUUUUUUGUUUUGUUUUGUUUUGUUAUUGUUGUUGUAUCUCUCUCUCUCUCUCUCUCUCUUUGUCAGUUCUUUUGUUUUCAAGUUUACAAUGGUCCAACAUUUGCUAUCGAUCUUACGGGAUUUUAGUAAAGGUCGCAGGGAUUAAAAGGAGGGGGGGGGCGUUAUAAAGGAGAUGGACGCGCAACACAAAAAUGGAAGUUACUGUGUUUGGAGCGGGGGGGGGGGAGGGUUUGAUGAAUUCAUUCACAUUUAAAUGUUGCGCAUUUUUACUCCCAAAGAAACAUGGAAUUUGAUGUACCAGUGAUUUUUUUUCCCCCUUAAUUUCUCUUCGUUUUUGUUUGGAUUUUUUAUUUGAAAAAAAAAAAAAGAAAAAAAAAAGAACUGACGUAUAAGCCACGUUUGGCUUAAUCAAUGUUGAUUUCUGUUGAUUUUUUUUUUUUCUUAUUUUUUCUUUAUUAUUAUUUUCUUCUGUUGUCUUUCUUCGACGUCCUGCAUUAUUACACGCGCACAAAAAUACAGUCCCCACCUAAACGAU